AUGAAGUAUAAGAGGGUGGCUCGCAGGUAUCCUGGCAAAAAGAAAGGGAGUGGAGAUUCUUCUCAAGGCAUAAAGACUUCCGGGGAUGAUAGCAACCCAUCAAUAGAAGCCAAGGAGGACCUAUCCAAGGCAUUGAUUCCGUAUGUCCCACCUGCACCAUUGAGCAUUGCCUAUCCAGAGAUAUCAAAAAUAGAGAGAAAGGAUCCCCUAGCAUGGCCUACUCAGAGGUUUCCAGAAUUGUUUAGAAAAGAGAAAUGGCCUAGAAAUUCUUCUACAGCAGGUAAGACCUCUACACCCGAUCCUUAUGGAUGGAUGAAUGACGCCUUUCCAUGCAUAUUCAAGAGAAAAAACAAUUCGGGUUCUCAAAAAGAAGUUUCAAGUACAAAGGGCAAGAAAGACUAUGACUGGAAGAGGGAUUUGUUCAGAGAUUAUUCUGAAGUUGAGAAGGCUGUAAAGUUUGCAGAGCAGUACAAUGUUGAAGAAACCACUGGUGUUGUGACAAUAGAGGUUGUAGCAAAAGAGGUUCAGGAGAAGGAACCUAUUACUGAAGAUACUGCCUGUGAUGCUACAACACAACCUGAGGUAGAAACAGAAGAAGUCCAAGAAUCUAAAACUGAUAACAUGUCUUGUAAAAUCAAAGGAAAGGAAGCAAUAGCUGAAGAAUCUGAAGAAAAAUCAAGUGAAUCCUCUAGCAGUCACAGAUCAGAGUUUGAUGAAGACCCCGAGGAGACAGUGCAGAAGAUACUGAUAGACUUGAAAAACUCUGGAAAGAAACCAAGUGUUGAAGAUGAUGACUAUGUUCCAUCACCUAUUGCAACAUCAGAUAGCUCACACAGUUCAGAGGAUGUUCCCCUGAAGAACAAGAUUGAGGAACUCAGGAAGAAGAAGAAGACUGAAGGAAGUGGGUUGAAGAGAAAGGAGGGACCUAUUCUUAGAAACUGUAAGGAGAAAUGCAAGAUUAUAAGCAAAAGAGGUGUAAUUGCAGAAAGGAUCAUUGAUGAGGCAGCAUUUGAUCAAUAUAGGUUGACAGAUUUUUUGAAUGAUAAGGGGCUUAUGAAAUCUGUCACUUAUGGGAAGCACUACAACCCUACUCUUGUUCAGGAGUUCUACAGUAAUCUAUCUCCAGAAAUCAAGUUUCCCAGGGCAUCAGGCUACCAUAAAAUCUUUUUGAGAGGAAAGACUGUAAAGUUCUCACCAGAGGAUAUUAAUGAUUUCUUGGAGUGUCCUACAGAAGUUGAAAAUGGAGCAUAUGUGUACAAUGAUGAUUUUGAAUAUUCUGAUGAAAUAAUGGACGCACUAACUGGUGGUAAAUGCAGCACUUGGGAUCAGAAGCAAGGCUCUCUACCUCAAAGUUGA